AUGGAUUCUCAUCACAGUGGCAUUGACCAUCAGAAAAAUCAUGGUACUGGCGGUCAUGGUACUGGCGGUCAUGGUCUCUCAUCUGGAUAUUCUGACCAACCCUUAGGCCAUGCUACUAGUGGCGGUCAUGGUAGUGGUGGUCAUGGUACUGGCGGUCAUGGUAGCGGUGGUCACGGUAUGUCAUCUGGAUAUUCUGACCAAUCCUUAGGCCAUGGUACUAAUAGUGGUCAUGGCAGUGGCAGUCAUGGUAGUGGUGGUCACGGUCUAUCGUCUGGAUAUUCUGACCAACCCUUAGGCCAUGCUACUAGUGGUGGUCAUGGCAGUGGCGGUCUUGGUGGUGAUGGUCACAGUCUUUCAUCUGGAUAUUCUAACCAACCCUUAGGCCAUGCUACUAGUGGAAGUCAUGGUAGUGGCAGUCAUGGCAGUGGCGGUCACGGUUCUGGCAGUCACGGUCUCUCAUCUGGAUAUACUAACCAACCCUUAGGCCAUGCUACUAGUGGUGGCCAUGGCAGUGGCGGUCAUGGUACUGGAAGUCACGGUCUCUCAUCUGGAUAUUCUGACCAACCCUUAGGCCAUGCUACUAGUGGCGGUCAUGGCAGUGGUGGUCAUGGUACUAACAGUCACGAUACUGGCAGUCACGGUCUCUCAUCUGGAUAUUCUGACCAACCAUUAGGCCAUGCUACUAGUGGUGGUCAUGGUAGUGGCAGUCAUGGCACUGGCAGUCAUGGUCUCUCAUCUGGAUAUUCUGACCAACCCUUAGGCCAUGCUACUAGUGGUGGUCAUGGUCAUUUAUCCUCCAUCGGCCAACCAUUACAAAAACAUGGUAGCGGUAGUGGUGAUCAUGGUUAUUCAUCUGGCCAUGGCCAUGCUAGUGCUGGCGAUGGUGGUCACGGUUAUUCAUCUGGCGGUACUGGUGGUCAUGGUCAUUCAUCCACUGAUGAUCAUGUCAAACCACACAAACAUUCUAGUGGUGAUGGUUAUUCAUCUGGCCAUAGCCAUGGUGUUGGCGGUGGUGGGGAUGGUUAUUCAUCUGGCCAUGGCCAUGCUAGUACUGGCGGUGGUGGUCAUGGUCAUGGUUAUUCAUCCUCUUCCGACCACUCAAAAAACCAUGCUAGUGGUGGAGGUGGUGGUGGUCAUGGUUAUUGA